CGUUUAUUUACUUAUAUUCAGUCUAAAGAUAUUUAUUUUUCAAAUGACACAUCACAAUUAUGCCCCUAGAUUACACCAUGUUCAACCAGGUGUUUCAGCCUACGAAAAGUCAGCAAAUGAAGCCUUGGAAUAUUUACAAGGAGCAGUUCGGCAGAUGGCUCUAUCUCCACAUUUAUGUCGUACAAAGACAAUAGCAAAGGAAUUACAAAGACAGCAGAUUUUCUAGCAAUUAUUAAACUAGAAAAUGAUUUAUAUAAAGGGGCUUCCAAAGAGUGGUGUAAUAAUUUCGAUCAACGUGAACUCGUUACACAAAAACAGGCCUUAUUAAGGUUGAAAGAGAAGUUCGCAGAUCCAGGCGGACAAUUUUUACCACGUUACCGUGUCAAUAUGAAUAUGGGACCCUUACUUUGUAGUUCAGAAGAUUGCAGAAAAAAAGAAAUGAAUAAGAAAAAUGAUGAAACUGAUGGAAUUGGUUGGACUGAUACAUCGUAUAAAGCAGCGCAUGCCUGGGCUCAACAUGAGCUGAAGGGAUUAAAUAGUGAACUAGCACCUUUAGCCUAUGCUGCUAAACGACGAUUAGAACAAUAUACAGAUGGUUUGGAAAUCACAAAUCGUUAUAGUGCGUAUCGUCGUAAUAUGGGCUACUUAGCUAAGAGUAAAGCAGGUGAACAAGGAGCUGUAGAGAAUGUAAUUGAUCUAAACAUAAGACCAGAAAUAGCUCCGAGGUGGAAUCUCGGUAGAGAAUGGUUGAGGAGUAAAAAUGUGAAUACAGAGAACUACCUUGCACCAGGGGAUUCGUUAGAUUGUGGAGUUAAUCAAGAUGAAUUUAUGCAACGGUACAAUAUAAAAGUUGAUCCUAUUAAAGAAGUAGGUCUGUGGGCAGAUUUCCCUGGAAAGUCAGAAUAUCAGGACAAUUUUUCUGCACCAUCAAUGGUUGGCACCUCUGAAGAAUCUGCCUAUUUUCAUGGGAGGGGCUCACAUAUAGAAUUGGAUGCAGAUCGAGUUCAGAACAAAGGUUACCUCGUCAAUCCUACACCGAAUUAUAUGCGUGACUAUAGACCUCCUAGACAAUUACAGCCAGACAUUUUGAUUUCCGAGACACAAGAUAGAUUUCAAUCACCUGAAAUCUCAUUACGCCGUAAAACAAAAAACGUUUAUUAAGAUGACAAUCAGUUUGUUUUUGGCUCUUUAUUAUUUUGGAAAUAAAUAUUUUACCUGUAGAGCAACAAAUGAAUUAUUAAAUAAUCGAGGAAUUGGCAUCACUAACACCACUUUUCUACAUUUAAAAUUUGUUGAACUGUGUCGCAAAUUAACUGGAUGCAGAAAUCUGCUUGUUUUAUUUCAAUGCAUUCUUUUGUUGUCUCUGGCUAAAUAAAGAUUAGUGAUCUAGAUAAAUAUCUAUAAUUCUACUAGUCUGUCGUUUAUUUUUCAUACUAUUCCGUUGGAUGAUAUUGUGACCAGAUGUCUGUGUAUAUUAUCACAACUCCAGUCUUAGUUGUCUGAAUGAUGGCUCACUUAUGAGUGUAAGCAACGGUGAAACAAAAACUACAAUUUAUGACAACAAAUAUUCUCAUUAUUACUCGUGAUAACCUAUUUUAAAUUGGAUCUGACGUGUUUAAAAUGUACUCAGAUAACAAGGAGUUCAAGAAUUCAUUUCGUAUUACCGAAUAAAUAAUUAAUUAAAGUAGCAUGAUACUCACUGUUAUUUAGCAAACUAUAGUUUUACAGUUAAUAAAUUAAAACAAUCCCAUUUAUAAACGAAUUGCUAUGCAGUCGUCCAAUGCAGUUGGUUGACAAACCAACUAAUCGCUCAUGGCGAGUAGACAUUGAGGCUAAUCACAGUCAGUACAUCUACAAUGAAAUUAAAUAUGAACUUUGAUACUAGAUACCAUCAAUUGACAUUUCAGACAAGAAAU